UGUCGUGGGCGGCGAGGGACCUGACUAGAGUCUCUAGCGGGUCGCCGAGGCCGAGAGGGGGUUGCGGGCCUGGGCGAGGAGGUGAGCGCUUCGGACCGUGCGGAGAGUGGGACACAGGAUCCCGGGCAAGUAGGUGAGCGCUUUGGAUCGUGCGGAGAGCGGGACUCAGGGUCCCGGGCAAGGAGGACUGGAGAGCGCCCGCGGGUCUCGAACCACCGGACCAAUCGGCCCGGGCGGUUGGGAAGCCAGACUGGAAGGAACCGCUGGGCUAAAGCCGGCCCGACACAUGCAUUCUUAUGGUUAGAUAGCCAAGAACCCAGAGAAGAUGGUGGACCACUUGGUGAACACGGAGAUCAACAGCCAGCGGAUUGCUGCCGUGGAGAACUGCUUUGGGGCGUCAGGACAGCCGCUGGCCCUGCCGGGCCGGGUGCUGCUGGGAGAAGGUGUGCUGACCAAAGAGUGCCGCAAAAAGGCCAAACCACGCAUCUUCUUCCUCUUCAACGACAUCCUGGUGUACGGUAGCAUUGUGCUCAGCAAGCGCAAGUACCGCAGCCAGCACAUUAUUCCUCUGGAGGAGGUGACUUUGGAGCCACUGCCUGAUACGCUGGAGGCCAAGAACCGCUGGAUGAUCAAGACAGCCAAGAAGUCCUUCGUGGUGUCUGCCGCCUCACCCACAGAGCGCCAGGAGUGGCUCAGCCACAUUGAGGAGUGUGUGAGGAGGCAGCUGCUGGCAACCGGCCACCAGCCCACCACGGAGCACGCGGCGCCCUGGAUCCCCGACAAGGCCACGGACAUCUGUAUGCGCUGCACGCAGACGCGCUUCUCGGCCCUCACCCGACGCCACCACUGCCGAAAGUGUGGCUUUGUGGUGUGCGCUGAGUGUUCACGGGAGCGCUUCCUGCUGCCGCGCCUCUCACCCAAGCCUCUGCGCGUCUGCAGCCUCUGCUACCGGGAGCUGGCCGCCCAGAAGCUGAAGGAGGAAGCUGAGGAGCAAGGAAGGGUUUCCCCAGAGCAGCUGGCCCACCUGGGUGGGGCUCUCUACGGAGCAUCCAGUGGAGAUGAUGACUCUGAUGAGGACAAGGAGGGCAGCAGAGAUGGUGACUGGCCCAGCCGUGUGCAGUUCUAUGCCUCCAGUGUCUCCUGGUCAGCCUUCCACAGUUGACCCUGGUCUGCAGACCCGCUGCACCCAUACUGGUGCCACUGCCAGGGUCUGAGCAGCCCUGUGUCCCCAGAACCCUGACCCUGGUGGUGUGUGCAGAGGUGGGGGUAGUGCUUUCCUCUGGGUGUUUGGUGCCUUUUUUCUGGAGAUGCCCAUCCAUCCAAGUCCACUUCAGCUCCACUUCAGGUAAUAACCUUUCCACUUAGCAAGUCCCAGAAAACCGAGGCCUCCUGGGAACAAAGGCCAUUUCCUGGCCCUGCAGGCUGUGGCUGCAGCUCCAGAAAACCCCUUAACUUAGACAACUCCUGGUGUCCAAGCACUGGGGUGCCACAUAUGAGUGAGCAUGCAAAAGGAAGACCGGAGAGUUGAGGGUGUCCUCUGAAUUGGAGCCUGAGCCCCACACCCCAUUCCUGUACCACAGACACACUUCACAGAAGAACACGAGUCUGGGGAGGCCUCCCAGAAACCAAGACCUGUCCACUCACGACAGUGGUAUCUACCACCUGCCCACUGAGCCCCAGCAGGCCAGACACAGAGCUCACCUAAGCCCAGCAAAAGCCUGCCAUGCUGUGUGUGCCCACCAAACCAAGGGGACUGCAGCCUGAGCUCCCCACAGCCCAGGGCAGCCUAACCAGGCUGCUGCCCUGUCAUACUUCUCUCAGGUGUCCAGGAGUCUGAUGGCUUUUUGUGUUGUCCUCAUCUCUCCCUACAGACAGUGCAAGCAAUGUUUUCUGGUAGGGCUAUUAGUUGUAAGGACAGAUUCCCUGCCAGACUGACUUAUAAUAAAAAGGAAUUGGUUACUGA